AUGUGUCAUAAUAUCAUUGAUGGGAGAUUCCACCUCGAGUGCCAGCACUUCAUACCCAUGCACACUCGUAUGCAAGACUGUCUCCGACCCAACUGUCUUUUCAGUCGGAGACACGCACAUCCAGUUGGUUGCCGGUCACCAUCAUGUGUGAGGAUGAUGACCACGCCACAACGCAACCCCAUCCGCAUGAGCGAGACGAAGUGCGCGGAUUGUGUCAUGCGCGAAAGAACAGGCGCGAUGAGCUGUACAUGA